UUAAAUGUCAAAGUUAACAAUAUUUUGUGAUCGGACUUUCGUCAUUUUUAUCGUCAGACUUUUGUGUAAAUGAGCAUACAGUACGGGUCUAAGAAAAAAAAAAGUUUUACUUCGUCUUCGUCCAAUAUUUUACUCAAAUCUGCGUAAGUGAGCGAAGCGAGUUAGCCGGCAAUUGGAGUACGAGAAAAGUGAUUGUGCAAGGGUGGAUCUAGGUGUGCCGUGCUUUAGCUGAAUUUGUACGAUCUAGAUGUCAAUAGAAAUCUAGAACAAUAUUUAAUCCUGCUGAGAGGCGACACAUUCGCCAGUGUCAAAAUUGAUAAUCUACAAAUUGUGACGAACUUGUGUUGACUGAAGAUGCCGUCGUUUGAUGCCCCUGCUGAAUGGUUCGAGGGCGACCUGGUCUACGACGAAGAUCCGGAAUUCCACUUCCCAGUGCCCAAUGUGGACGAUGCUGAACUCGAAUUCCAGGAUGCUCUACAGGCAGCAUUUGACGAGAUCCCCAACGAAGGGUUCGAAGUCGAAGACCAAUACGACGGUGAAAUAUCGUCACUGGAGAGCGACCAGGACAUCUACGAAUCGCCGAACACAAGUUCAUUCGAGAUAUCAGAUUUUGAGGUCAGCUCCGAAAGCUCCGAAGCUGUCGCUGAAGGUCGGGUAAAUCUGGCAGACAUAUCUGACCCAACGUUAGUGUCAUCAUCAUCAUCACCUGAAACAUGUUAUUAUUCAAAUAACGGAGUAUUUGAAGACAUUACCAAUAUUGAGGCAGAUCAGGAAUCCAUUGUCACCGUUGAGACGUCGAUUGACGAUGCAAAGAAACUAUUGGAAAACAUUUUUCGCACCCAAGACGAGCUGGAAGACAAACUAAACUCCUUAGGAAAUAAGCUAGAUAAACUAAUGGAGGGGAUCAACGAAAAUAUGGCAAAUUGUGAAAAAUUAAAAUUUAAUCUAAAAUGUAUAUUGAAUUUCCAAUUAAAAGACAACUAACACAUUCUGU